CAUUGAAACGCUCGUGCGCUGUCCUUGAAUGUCACCGACGCACGUGAACACCUAGCUGCUCACUGGGACGGUAAAGCGGAGCUUCGGUAAACGAACCGGCUGCAUUCAGAGAGUCAGAGAGCCUCAGACUGACCGGAGACCUUUUAGUACAACACACUGAUAACUAACCAGAUUGACGGGUAGAAUGUCCGGUACCGGGAGGUCUGUGCUGUUCCUGCUGCAGCGGUGUGUCGCAGUUAGCCAGAGAACGUUACCGGCGGCCAUCGUCAAAACAGCACAGAGCUGCGGGUUCACUCAGAACCGGACCUGGACCUCAGCGACCCGCACAGUCUGGCUGCGGAGAUUCGGUGAGCUGCAGGCUGCAGGGAGGAGCAGCCAGGCCCGCUUCUGUACCAAGGCAGGAGAACCUUCGGAGGAGGAAUACCCACCGCUGCCAGACUACCAGUCAGAAUCAAAACCGACAAGGACAAAGGACAUUUACAUCAUCCAGGUGAAGGGUCUCCCAUGGACAUGCACCACUCAUGACCUUCUUCACUUCUUCUCAGAUUGUAGGGUCCAUGAUGGAGAGAACGGCAUCCACCUGGCUGUGGACCAGCUGGGGAGGCCGUCGGGACGAGCCUUCAUCGAGCUGGAGCACGAGGAGGACGUCAGGAAAGCUCUGGAGAAGCAUCGGCAGUACCUCGGUCCACGAUAUGUUGAAGUGUUUGAAGUGACGAACACGGAUGCUGAAGCCAUCCUGACGAAAUCCGCCCAUCCUCCAGCAGACGGGGUGGUGAAGCUCAGAGGACUUCCCUUCGACUGCACCGAGGACGAAAUUGUUGCGUUCUUUUCAGGUUUGGAUAUCGUGGAGAAUGGAAUCACCAUCGUCGCAAAUCGUAAAGGAAGAAGGACCGGGGAGGGCUUUGUGAAAUUUACCUCUCAGGAAGCAGCUAACGAAGCUCUGCAGAGAGACAGAGACCUGAUAGGGAGCAGAUAUAUCGAAGUGUUUCCCAGCAGUAGUGAAGAUAUUGAAUCUACUUUGAGGAGGAGGAUGGGUUCAGCUCCUGUGCAGACCAACCCUGAGCCAGCAGACUGGAGGCCACAGAACAUCACCAGGGCUGCUGCCCCCCACAGCUCCACCGUGCCGCUGCAUUACAUCCACAUGAGAGGACUUCCUUUCCCGGUUUCUGGAGAAGACAUUGUGAAGUUCUUCUAUCCUCUAGCCGUGUCUAAGAUCCUGAUUGAAUGUGGUCCUACUGGGAGGCCGAGUGGAGAGGCCGAUGUUUUCUUCCGCUGCCACUCAGACGCCUUGACUGCCAUGUCCAAAGACAAGAUGAACGUUGGGAGAAGAUACAUCGAGUUGUUCCUGAACUCUGUACCAAACUCUGAUGGACAUUAAAAAACACCGUGAACGCCGACACACAGACGCCAAACACACAUACGGGAUUAUCAUAUUUAUUUUCCGUCCAGAUGUGGAUAUCGAACAAUAAACAUUCCUGGUGUCAAUAAAA